AUGGCGUCGGUGCUUAGAGGUGCGAUUGGCUUGAUCAGAGAGAAAGGCGUCGGAGGUUUUCUCCGGGAGCUUCGAGCUGAAGGAUAUCUGCAAACAAAGAUUCACAAUAUAGGUGCAACACUUGUGGGUGUUGACAAGUCUGGCAAUAAGUACUAUCAGAAACUUGGAGACACUCAAUAUGGAAGACAUAGGUGGGUAGAAUAUGCUUCAAAGAAUCGAUACAAUGCUUCUCAAGUCCCACCCGAAUGGCACGGCUGGUUACAUUACAUAACUGAUCAUACGGGGGAUGAGUUGCUUCUGUUGAAGCCAAAGAGAUAUGGUGUUGAGCACAAAGAGAACUUCUCUGGUGAGGGAGACGAAUAUAUUUACCACUCGAAAGGCCAUACCCUUAACCCUGGUCAAAGAGACUGGACCAGAUACCAACCCUGGCAACCCAAGAAGCCCGAGCACUUUUCCCCCUUUAAAACCUCGAUUAGGGUUUUAAGCCGGCGAGAAUCAGAAACGGUUCUGAGUAUGGCGAAAUUCAACGUCGUGCAAAAGCGGCGGCGAGCCGCCGUGGCCAACCAGAAGAGGCAGGUCCACGGAGACCCUGUAUCCCGGAAACUUCAUCAGAAAUCCCAGCCCCUCUCCAUCUCCGGCAAGCGCAAGCGCAAGCUCCUAAAAAAAUGGCGCCGGGAUCAGAAAGAGGCGGUUGAAAAGGGAUUAAUCUCGAUGCAAGAUGUGGAGAUGGAGCUUGCUGAUGGGAAUUUGGAGCCAUCGGAAUCUGCCAAUAAAGCUGCUGUUAAGUUCCCAAUGAAGAAGAGUUCGAAGCUCAGAGUUAAGCAAUUGAAGAAGAAAGGUAAAAGCAAGAAAAUUUUUCAAAGACCUGCUGGGGAAGCCUCGACGACUCCAUGGUGGAGUAGGUAG